AUGGGUCUCUUCCCUUCAAACUUCGUGGUUGUGCUGGAGGAAAAUUUCGUCCCCACGCGACGGUCCGCCAGCCCCCUACCGGAUAUACACAAGAGCAACAGUGGAAGCAAGAAGACACUACAGGAAAAGAAAGAGAAGGCGAAAUCAAGACGUCCUUUUAGCGGUUAUAAGCACGCAAAAUCACCUUCAGUUAAUGGCGCAGCUGGGGAUCAACAAGCCGUGCCCGUUUCUGCGCCGGCACCACAAGCCCAUAAUCCACGAAAUCCUCCCUCGACAGUCUUGUGGCAACAAAGACCACCGUCCAGAGCUCCUGCAAGAUCACCAUCUCCUUUACCACAUCAUGAAAUCGGGUCUUCUCCCCCACCACCUCCUCCGCCCCACCGGAUCAUUGGAGGCAGAGCCGCCUCACCAGCACCACAAGCCUUUGACAUGAAUGAUCGAUAUCAGUCAUUCUCUCGCACGCCUUCUCCCGCGCCACCCUCAAUCAAUGGACAUACUCCCCCAAUGAUCCGGAGUGCCAUGGACGACGUCAUGUCUUCUCUUGAGGAUAUGACGUUAGUAAGACGUGAUUCAAUUCAGCAAGACAAGCAAUUCAAUCCUUGGUCUCCAGAAGCCUUUGACGACUUUCGUCGAUCCAAUGACCGUCCGGGUCCUCGUCCACUCACCAGUCUGGGACUGGGCGCCGGAGGUAGCACUUUCUCUGAAGGACGCAUCAAUUACAGCAGUCGCCAUAAUAGCCCAGAUCGAUAUCAGGAUGGUCCACCUCGACUGGAAAACUACGUUCAGAGGAUGGAAAGUCGGCUGCGCCGUAUGCAGCAGGCUCGAGAAGGGCAGGACUUGGAUGCAGCGGACAGUGACCCUCCUGAACCUCCGCCCAAGAAUUCACCGUGGGCAAGCACAUCAAGUGCUCGUCGUCGACUGUCGAUGCGAAGGAAAUCCGCUGUUGAUCUUGGUGACGCGGCUCUUUCAAGAGCCCUCACGCAAAAGACGAACUUGACGAACAACAGUAGCUCAAGUAGCGGAGCGCAGAGUUCUGCAAGCACUGGCACCAACUUUUCGCGUCAGACCGCGAUGACCGCCCAAAGCAUUAUGAGCGGAUAUUCCGCGGGUGCAUUUAGCGCGACGAGUGCAGGCAGCCUGGCAAGGAAGAGGAUGGGCAGUCUUCGAGAUCGUAUGGCCAGGCCAAUGACAAGCACUGGCACCAGAGAUGAGCAAUGGGGCCAAACGGAAGCACGACCGAAGACUCCAACUACAGCAGCGUCCUUCCACUCAAAUCAUGACUCCAGACAAGGGGCGAAGUCAGCAAUCGGCUGGGAGGAUGCAAAUCGAAGUGCGAACGGUGGACUCGGAGGGUUUACGACUCCCAAGGCCAAAAAGCAAGGCUUCUUCAAGAAAUUGAUCGACAGCGCGAAGACAGGUGCAGCCAGCGCCAGGAGUACUAUCUCGGCCAGUCAGGCCGGAAGCAACUCUGGUUCUCCCACAAAACUAACGGGCAUCGCUGGCGGCACCGCUUUCAAUGCACCGACACCGAUUGCGACUCAUCAGUCAAAUGGCGCUUUUGGACGGGACGCCGCGAAAGAGAUGGGUUUGAUCAGCGGAGCGUCUGGUUCGUACAUCCUCACUCGUCGCGACGUCAACCGAUCGAACACGCCGGGACCAUCAGAACGGCAAGAACGCGCCGAUAGAUGUCAGAUGCUAGAUCAACCUGUCAUUUGCCCUGUAGAAGAACUGUACGAGAAUCUUCAGGGAGACGAAGACGCCGACGGACGACCUGUUUAUGCGCCGUUCCAGCUCAGCAAUCCAAGUUUCAGCCAAGUGGACAAAGCCGCUCGGUUCAUCACAAGCAUACCCAGCAGUGUCACGGCAGGGGCCCUCGCAACGGGCUUUAUAUGCCGUCCAUACCGCAGUGGCGUGCAAAGAUUACGGGCGAUAUUCAUUUGGUGCUCUGAAAGAAUCAGCUGGGAAGAGGACCAGUUUGACGGCUACGACUUCAAUCAACCGGUUGAUACGAGAAGAGUGAUUCAGAGCAAGCGAGGAAGUAGCCAAGAAGUUGCAGAAGUCGUGCUUGAAAUGUGCACUGCUAUUGGCAUUCAUGCGGAAGUCGUGCAUGGGUAUCUGAAAACACCCGGCGAAGAACUGGACUUGGACGCGAUUUCUCGACCGAACCACUUUUGGAACGCUGUGCUGGUCGAUGGAGAAUGGAGAAUGAUAGACGCGAGCCUCGCCAGCCCAACCAACCCGAAAAGAUUACUAUAUUCAAGUAUCAGCACCAGCAUCGCGGAAGCUUGGUACUUCCUGGCACGGCCGAGCGAAUUGUGUUGGACUCAUGUACCCGUCGACGACAGUCAACAGCACAUGAUCCCCUGCAUCAGUCCUGACGUGCUUCUAGCCCUGCCUGGAACAGGUCCACCAUUCUUCCGGCAGGGAUUGUCAAUGCAUGCCUACGACACGAGCAUCAUUAGGCUGGAUGGCCUGGAAAUGUGCACAUUCAGCAUCAAUGUCCCUCCGGACGUUGAAAUAGUGGCAGAGGUCGAAGCCAGGAGAUAUCUCUGCGAUCAGGACGGCGAUGUUUACGAGGACGCUGAUAACCUGACGAAAAAGAGAGCCCUUGCACAGCCGAGCUGGUACAAAACAGUACCGAAUUCGGACAUCGCCCAGAAACGCUAUGUCAUCAAGGCAAUUCUACCAGGGGACGAGGGCAUCGCGUACGUCAAAGUCUACGCUGGGAAGAAGGGUCUGAUGCUUUCGUCGAGGGAUAUCGUGCAUCCUUUGGCUCUUGCAGUGCCUCUAUACCACUCAGGCGAGAACCCAGCUUAUGAUUUUGUCAUGCGACAUCCUACGCCGCACGCCACACGGCAAGAUCUCUACGUUGUGCAACCUCAAUGCUACCGCCUUGGGGCUGGCGAAACCUAUGUCUUUUGCGUACGUCAACACGCCGCGUCUGUAGCAUCUACACCUGCGAACGAACAGAACGGCUUUGAUCUCCGCCCGGUCAGUCCCAAUCCGCUCGCGCGCCCCACUAGCGCAAUGAGCAUGACUAGCAGCACCACCGGAUCCAAUCCCAGUGAAUAUACCUAUGGCAACAACCCCAACCAUGCCGCUGGAGUCAAAGUAAAGGACAAGCCCGCUAAAUUGGCGAUCCAGUCUCCUGGCGGGAAAAUCAUCAGAUUGAACCGUAAGCACGAGGGGAUCCCGCAACCAGCAAAUCUGAAGGAGGUUGAUGGUGAAGUGUUGGGAAGCUUCUGGGAGACCGUAGUCAAGGUCCAAGAGAGGGGCAUCUGGAGAGGGCUGGUCCUGGCGGAUCGGAGUGCCAGGUGGUGUGUUUGGGGAGAGUGGGAGUGCGUUUGA